AUGAUACUUUAUCCACUUUUAAAAGUUAAGUUUUGUUUGAAGAAACUAUGAAUUUGUUUUAUACUUAUAUUUACUUAAAAUAAAAUACUUCAAAUAAAAGUACUACCAAUAUUAGUUUAUAUAUUACUUUUACUUAUUACAGUUAUAAUAUAUAUAUAUCAUUUAAAAAAAAAUAUAUAUAUAUUAUUUAUGUAUAUUUCUAUUUAUAAUUAUAUUUGUAAUUAUUAAAAAAAUUAAUUUCUCUAGGAAAAUAGCGAUCAAAUUUAUUACAUACUUCACUAUUUCCAAAAGCAGUGUUACCACAUUAUUUAUCGUGGCUUGUAUUUAAAGUGUUGUGUUUUAAUUAUAUAUUAUCUAAUAACGUGAAAUUCUAAUCACAAAUACAAAUAUUUAUGUUUUAUUAAUGUAAAAUUAAUGUCUAUGGAAUAAUACAGCAACAUAUAAUUAUAAAUUUUAUUAAAUUAUUACAUAUUUAAGAGUAAGUAAACUAAUAAAUAUAAAUAUAAUAUUGUUUACAUAAAACAACAUAUUAUUUCACUGACAAAUAACAAUCUACGAAAAUAUUACAAUACGUCUUUAUUUAUAUUUUUAUAAGAUCCAAAAUGCAAAGAGAAGAAAAGCAAUUGGAUUCUGCUUUGGAGGCUAUUAUUAUGAGAGUAAACGAUUUAAAGACCGCAAUCGCUGCAAUGAUAUUUAAAUUGGAACAUGAAUAUGAAACAUUGAAUUGGCCUAAUUUUCUUGAUAAUUUUGCACUUAUUUCAGGGCAUCUGACCAGUCUCUCAAAAAUUCUUGGUCAUGAUAAAGCACCAAACCUAAGGAACUUAACAGUUUUACCAUUACGAUUAAGUCCAGAAAAAGAUGAUGAAUUGCUUCGUUUAACUGAAGGUAGAAUUCCCACAUUUGCUCACGAUUUAGUACCAGAUUAUCUACGAACCAAAGUAGAACCUCAAGCUGAACAAAAAAUGAUCCAGCUUGAAGCAAAAGCUGCAAAUUUAAAUUAUGAAACAUCACAUAAACAAGUGGCUCAGUACACAAAAGUCAUUAAUCAUGUAUGGGAUAUAGCAAAUAAAGCACGUGAAGAAUGGGAAAGUGAAGCUGGGUCUAGAGCAACUCAAGCUCAGACAAGUAGUACUGCAGACACUCAUGCUCUUGUAGCAGCUGUGGGUAUGGGUAAAGGUUUAAAGUCUGAUUCUGUACAAAUGGUUCAGUCUGGUGUAAAUUCUGUACCUAGUGGAAUGAUGGUAGGUAGACCUGGAAAUCAACAACAAACUCCAGGGCAAGGAUCUUUAGGAAAUCCACCUAGUAAGUAAAUCCAUUAUAAUUUAAUUAAUUUUAUAAUUGAUAUUUACAUUGACAACACUAACAAAUAUAUUCUAUAUAUUUGUAGUGGGACAAAUGAACAAAGCUCCAAGUGCAAUCAAAACUAAUAUUAAAGCAGCAUCACAAAUUCAUCCAUAUAGAUAA